AUGACUGUCAAUGAAAUCUGGGCCGAAUACAAACGUUCACGCGACGGAGAUCACUUUACUGACAAUGUUACAUUAGUCUUCGUUCCCACCGCAGCGGGUGCUCGAGGUUAUGAUGCAGUCAGGCAAUUGCUUGCUAGGUCUUAUGAUAGGCGUAUCGUUGAUGUCAAGGAGAAAGUGUUAUUUACUACCGUAUCAAACAAUGCGCUUGUGGAAGAAACGGAGACUACGAUUUCCUUUCUGACGGGAGAAUGCGGGUGGCUGAUUCCUGGAGUGGAUUCUCGACAUGCCGUUGAUGCGAGGAUUGUUAUUCCGGUGGUAACCUCGGCAACUUUUGAGAAUAAUAGGAUUUCGUCUAUUCGACUCUAUUGGGAUCAAGCCUCAGUCCUCAAGCAACUCAAACUUAUUAGCGACAAGAACUCAUGGCCGAUCGUUGGUGAACGGCAGAUCGAUGCCGUCCGUGAUAUUACUAGAGCCCACCUGAAUCCAUACGACAUUUCUGGUGGAGUAGCGCAAAUGAAUAUAAAUCAGGAUCCAUCCCGACGCAACGUUCAUACCAGCAGCCGUGUACUUCAACCCGGUGGUACCGGCGGAAAAUCAUCCGUGUUCGACACUUCUCCGGCUGAACCCACAAAUACGAGAUACAAUCCCAAUAAAAAUGCAACCCAGUUCACAAUUGCUGACGACCAUGAUGAUAAUGCCUCUGUUUCUUCUGGCGUUUCUGGCCAGAUAAACCAGGAUCCAUCCCGACGCACUAUUCAUACCAGUAGCCGUGUACUUCAACCUGGUGGUACCGGUGGAAAAUCGUCUGUGUUUGACACUUCUCCGGCUGAACUCACAAAUACGAAAUACAAUGCCAAUAAGAAUGCAUCCCAAUUCACGAUUGCCGACGAUCAUGAUGACAAUGCCUCUGUUUCCUCUGGAAUUUCUGGUUCGACUAAACGACGUGGCAAGUCUCAAUUCGAGUCCAGCGUCGUAAUAGGAGAUGAUACUGGUGGGAGAUUGGGUGACAAUGAUCCUGUGGGAAGAAGCAGGAAUAACGUGAAACCUUCCAGUCGUGUCUUAAGACCCCCGGGUGGUGGAUCUUCGGUUACUUUUGGGUAG